AUGGUUGCACCCUCCAAUUCUUUAGCUGUGGCAGUUUAUUGUGCUGCAUCACUCGGGAAGCAGAAUGCUUUCCAGGUGGCUGCGCUAUCAUUGGGCCAUGCUUUGGCUGAGGCAAACCGUCCCCUUGUCUAUGGUGGUGGUAACGUGGGCAUCAUGGGCAUUGUCUCAGGUGCCGUCAUAAAUGAGGGCGGUCAAGUUACUGGCAUUGUCCCAUAUGCCAUCCACGCCUCAGGUGGCGAAAAAGACAAGGGAAAUGGUGUCGCAAAAACUGAGUCUGUUGCAGAAGCUCUCGAUGAGGACCGGCGAGGACAGAUUGUUGUUGACUCAAUGCAUGAGCGCAAGAUCGAAAUGGCGAAGCGUGUCGGCGCUUUUGUCGGUUUGCCAGGAGGAUACGGCACUUUUGAAGAGAUUCUUGAAGUUGUAACUUGGAACCAAAUCAACAUUCACAACAAACCCGUAAUAUUACUCAAUGUUCUGUCCUAUUACAACCCCCUCCGUGAACUUAUUCGGAAUGGUGUGCGGGAGGGGUUCAUCCAGCCGCAUAACGAGAAGCUCUGCGUCUUUGUUGAUGGACCCGCGGACCAUAAAGACCACGAAUCCUUCAACUGGGGGCAGGCCGCGGUGGAUGCCAUUGUUGCAUGGCAACAUGACCAAGUCCAGCCGUUGUCCUUCCACUGGACGAAGGACAGCGACACCAGUACAAUCCCUAACGGCAAAGCAAACAUCAAAAGCAUGAACGGUAUUAGCGGUGGAUUAUAUGGAUUAAAAACUACCAACGCGUGGUUAAAGAGGGUAUGGCAUAAUCGCUCCCGUUCAGGACGACUCUAG